UCAAUUUCGUGUUCGUUAAAGCUCUCCGUUUGCUUUUAACAUUUUCAUACUUAAUUUUUUUCUGACCAUGUAAUGUGUGCAUUUACUAGUUUUUUAUGAAUAAACAGAUUUCUGUUGUAAUUUCGCUUAAUAUUUUUCUUUUUGUAUCCCGAAUUUAAUUUGUUCAAGUUAGUGAUUUGAACUCUAUUGAGUGGUCGGCAUACGUACUUGCUUGUUUAGUCAAUUCGUACCUCCCGCAAACCGUAUCGUUGUGUACCAAUUACACAAUUUAUUUCAGGUAUUUAAUUGAGUAUUUGUUUACACGAAUCUGAACUGACAUAAUGGAAUUAAAAAGGCCUGAAUUUCCAUUACUUAAUGAAACUUUAAGUUAUUUGGAAGCUGAUGUAGUUGGAACGUUAAAAAAUUUAGUCAGGAUUAAAAAUUAUAAAUUUUUGAUUCACAUGAAAUUACAAAAUUGUGAACGAAUAAAUAAUGAUGAAAUUAAUAUGGUUUUAUUAAAUGAAGAAAUUAUACCUUUGUCUAAUGUACAACCUGGUUCACUAUUGGGGUGCCUUCACCCUCGAAAAAAAAAAUGGAUGCGUUGUUAUGUUGUAUCUCUUUUAAAUCGAGAAGCUUAUGUUGCACUCUGCGACACUGGUGAAAUGACAAAGACUAAAAAACUUAAAGAUAUUCCCAUUAGGUAUAAAAGUAUACCUGUUAUCACAUUUGAAGCUGAAGUUCCAUGUGUUUGUCCUAAUGGAAAAUUACGACAUUUGAUAAAGAAUUUUGAGGAUUAUAUUGUAACCUUUGAACCAUUUAUGAACAAACAAAAUAAUAAAACUCAUAAAAAAAUGAAACUGACUUAUAAAAAUUCUCGUAUUGAUUUAAUUAUAAAACAAUGGGAUCUACAAAGUUAUAUGAACAUUGAUGACACAAAUUAUGAUUUGUUAAUGUUUAAGAAUGGUAGUACAGUAACAGUAGGAAAAUUAGAAAAUUAUGAUUGGAGGCAUAUAUUUGUUAGGAGUGCUGAUCGAUUUGUAAAUGUUUGUAAAGAAUUGCAGAUAUAUUGUAAAAAUGCAUUAGGUAUUCAAAUUGAUCCUAUUAUUGGCGAUAUUAUUGCAGUGAAAUGCAUAGACAAAUAUUACAGAGGUAAAAUCAUAGAUGUAAUAGAUGAAACAAAUUGUUAUUUAUAUUUAAUAGAUACUGGUUAUGUGAUAUCUGCUUCAAUUGAUUGUAUUGUUAAUUUAUCUGAGACUUUAAAAAAGAUUCCACCAACUGUAUGUUUAGUAGGCUUAAAAGAUAUUAAUUUAAAACCAUGGACUCCUGAAACUGUUUCAUAUAUUACUACAUUAUUUGAAAAUUCUACAGCUAUGAUAAUGGAAUAUACUGAUUUUGAUAUUUUUGGUUUGGAUUCUGUAACAUUAACUAUAAUUAAUAACAAUCAAGAUGUUAAUGGACAUUUAAAUGAACUACUAGAAUUUGUGGAAGAUUCCCAAAAAGAUAACAAACAUGCCAGUUUAAAUUUUUGUUAUGAUAGCAUGUAUAAAAGUUUACAAACCACAAGAAUUAUUCCUAUCAAAAUGGAUAACUUUGUUAGAUCAGAUUCUCUAGAUAUGUCAGAAAACAUAGAAAAUUUGCCAAGUUCUGGCAGUUUAGUUUUUAUGACUGGUUUUGUGUCUUUGAAUGAAAUAUAUAUUAGGCGCUCAGAAGAUUAUAAUGAUGAAUUUGACAAAUUUAUAAAUACCGUGAAUAACUUAUGUUCAUCAGUUCCACCCAUUAAUAGACCUUUGGUGAUUGGUGAGAUUAUUGGAGCUCUAUCUCCAUUAGAUAACACUAUUUAUAGAGGCAAAGUUUUAAAAGAAGUAAAUCACAAUACUUAUUUAAUCCAGUACAUUGAUUUUGGUGACAAGGAUAAUGUAUCAUUGUCAAAUAUAUUUCAAAUUCCCAAAGAUUUGACGAUUCCUGCAUCAAAAGUGAUGAAAAUUACUCUCAAAGGUGUAAAACCAAAUCAGAUGAAUAUUGAUACUUCAAAUUAUAUUAGUAAUCUAAUGUCAGACUAUGUGCCAAUGACAAUUGAAUUAUCUUCAAAACAGUCUCUUAAUGAUGUUAUUCUAACUACUGUUUGUAAUAAUGAGAAUGUGAAUCAACGAGUUAAUGAAUUGUUAAAUAAUAGUUGUUCAUUUCCUAUAGAAGUAAUAAAUCAAUCUAAAAUAAUGAAGGUGUACCUAAAUUAAAAAAAUGGAGAUUUAGUUUUUAUAGAAUUAUUUAUUGAUGUGCACAAUAUCUUUGUUCGUAAAGUUGAAGAUAAAACUGAUGAAUUUUUAAAUUUUAUUGAACAUGUACAUUCAUAUUGUUCAGCAGAGGCUCCUAUUGGAAAAUUUCCUAAAGUAGAUGAUAUUAUUGGGGCAAAAUCUAUAACUGAUGGAUUUUUCUAUAGAGCAAAAGUUCUAAAAAAAGUAAAUGAUGCUAGUUAUAAUGUCCAAUUCAUUGAUUAUGGGAUUAAAGAAAAUGUUAGUUUGUCUGAUAUUGUUUCCCUUUCAACUGAAAUAAAACAGGUAAUUCCUACUGUUAUUUUGGUGAAACUAAAAGGUGUUCCCUUCCAUGUCUUAAAUGAAGUUGCUCGAGAAUAUGUUAGUUAUAUUAGUGAGAAAGAAUAUUUAAAAAUAGAUGUUAUUGAAAAUAACACAAAUGAAGUAAUAUUGAAAACUGAGGAAAAUGAAAAUGUAAAUGAUCAUUUAAAUAUGUUUGAAAGUAAUUGUAUUGCAGAAAAAAGUAAAAUUAGUGAUUUUAAAGAAGUAGAAAAAGAUUUGAAAAUGUAUUCCUCAAUUGAAUCUUCUCUAUCAUUUCAUAGAUCCUCUUUAGAACCAGGUGAUAUUGUUUAUAUGACAGCUUUUGUUGAUCUCAAUGAAAUGUAUAUUAGAAAAUUGGAAGAUUAUAAUGACGAUUAUCAUAAUUUUUUAGAUGAGGUUGAUAAAUAUUGUCUAUUAGCUACACCCAUUAAUAGACCUUUGAAAAUAGGGGAAAUUAUUGGAGCUCAAUCCACAUUAGAUAAUAGUUUUUACAGAGGUCAAGUUUUAAAAAAAAAUGAUGAUGCUACUUAUUUAAUCCAGUAUAUUGAUUUUGGUGACAAGGAUAAUGUACCUUUGUCAAAUAUAUUUGUAAUUCCCCCUCAAUUUAUGAUUCCUACAACUGUAAUAAAAAUUAAUCUUAAAGGAAUUAAGUCUAAUGUAUUAAACAUUGAAGCUUCAAACUAUAUUACCACUUUGUUAUCAACAUAUGAGCCAAUGACAGUUGACUUCAAUCCUGAACUUCCUCUCAAAGAUGUUACUUUAAUAGUUAUUAAAAGUAAUGAAAAUGUUAUUGAAAUUUUAAAUAAACUUCUUCAGGAUGUGAAUAAUACUGAAUGUAAUAGUAUACAAUGUGUGGAUAAUGCUGCAGUUAAUGAUAUUUUAAGAGAUAAUGUUCAUUAUGAAGCCAAUUUACUAGAAGAUGGAGAUUUAGUGUAUAUUACAGCAUAUGUUGAUUUGUAUAAUAUCUUUGUUCGCAAAGUUAAUGAUAAUAAUGAAGAACUCCAAAAGCUUCUUGAAAGAGUCAAUACAUUUUGUUCUUUAGGAAACACUUCAGAAAGUAAACCUUUAGAAUUAGAUCAAAUCAUUGGUGCCAAAUGUUCAAUUGAUGGAUUUUUUUAUCGAGCAAGAAUUAUUAAAAAAACUGAUGAAAAAAAUUAUGAUUUAACUUUUAUUGACUUUGGCUUUGAAGAAAAUGUUAAUGUUGCUGAUAUUGUUCCUCUACCUAUACAAUUACAACAGGUGAAAUCAAGUAUCCAUUUAGUUGGGCUCAAAGGUUCAAUUUUUAAAAACUUAAAUAUGGAAGGUCACAAAUAUUUAGAAAGUUUAAUGAUACUGAGUGAAGUAAUGAAAAUUGAAUUUAAAGAUUUAAAUGCUGUGUCACUAACUGUAAUCAAUCAAGAACAAAAUGUCAUGGAUUAUUUAAAUAAAUUAUACUUGGAUUCCAUUGAAAAGAGUAAUACUAUUAUGAACAAUUCAGUAGAACCUUCUUCAGAAAUGAAGUGCAUUCCUCAUGAAAUCAGUAUUCCACAAAUACCACCAUUGACUAACAAAAGCAUUGUUACUAUACAUACGUUUGUUAGUUUGAAAAGUAUUUAUAUCAUGGUGCCUUUUGAUAAAUCAAAUUUCAAUAAAUUUUUAAAAGAUUUUUCUGAAUUUUGUUCAACUUCACCACCAAUUACUAGAAAUCCAACUGUAGGAGACAUAUUUGGUAUUCGGUCAUCUAUUGACGGAUCAUUUAACAGAGGCGCAGUUUUAAAAAAGUUAAAUGAAAAUCAAUUUAAGGUUAUUUAUUUUGAUUUAGGCAUCGAAGAUAAUGUAUCUGUUAAUAGUUUUGUAGAAAUUCCAGAAUCGUUGAAACAGGUUCCAAGAACCAUAUACUCAGUUGGUCUUAAAGAUAUCCACUCUCAAAAUCUUAAUGCCCAAGCAAUGUCUUAUGUGAAUAUGCUUUGUGACAAUAUGCCUUUAAGUAUUGAAUUUGAUGAAAACUGUCCUAAUGGAUUUAAUGCUGUAACAUUAACAACUGUUGAAACCCAACAAAAUAUUAAUUAUCAUCUAGCAAAGCUUUUAACUGAAAAAGAAAGAGAUUCACCUGAAAUGGUACAUAUGUUGAGUAAAGGGGAUAUUGUUUACAUUUCAACAUUCGAAGACUUACAAACCAUUUACAUUAGACGUAUCAAUAACGGUACGGAUAAAUUUAAAUCAUUCUUGGAAAAAUUUUCGUCUUCUUGUGAAUUAGAAAAUCCCAUGGAAAAAGAUCCUGAAGUCGGAGAAAUUAUUGCGGCAAAAGGAAAGAGUGGAAAUAAAUUUUACAGAGCUGAGGUUAUUUCUAAAAUGGAUGAUGAACAUUUUAAUGUCUGUUUUAUUGAUUUUGGAUCUUGGGAAACCGUACACAGAAGUAAUAUUGUACAACCUUCAGAAUUACAACUACAAUAUUGCUCCCCUACAUUUAUGGUUGGGUUAUUUGGACUUGGUUCUGAGCCUAUUAAAGAUACAAUUAUGCAAUAUAUCAAAAAAAUUAUUCAAACAGAAACCUUUAUAAUUGAUUCAAUUACUGAACAAAAUAAAGUUGUAUUAAUAUCAGUUAAUACUCAAUAUAAUAUAAAUAAAGAAAUUGAAAGAAUAAUAUAUAACGGUGGUAAUGAAUUAAAAAUGCAAAGUGAUAUGUAUGCUUGCAAUGAUGAUGCAAAUACAGAAAAAUCUAUUCUGAAAUAUUACAUACCACCAUUAGAAGUUCCCAUACAGGUUUGGAUAGCUGAAAAAAUAUCCUCUUCAAAAUAUUCAGUACACACAUAUAAUAGUCGUAUUGAAUUUAUGCAAUUAGAAAAGCAAAUGUUUGAAGAUAGUAAACAAUUUGUAUCCAUUAAAUGCAUUGAAAUUAAUAAGCCGUGUAUUGUAUACUUUAGCCCUAGUUGGUAUCGAGGAGAAAUAUUAGAAGUAAUAGAUAGAGUUACUGCAAAAAUUGGUCUUGUAGAUGUUGGAAACUUCAGUGUUACUCGCAACAUCAAAGAAAUAUUCCACAUGCCAUCAAAAUACAAAGGAAAGACUUUGUUAUUGAAUAUUGAGGUACAACCUGAACCACAAGAACAUUUAUCUAUUACAACAUUCAAAGUAAUUGCUAAAAAACAACUGGAUAAUAUCACUAUUGUUGAAUUAGUGGACUCUCCUCCCUUAAAUCAAUCCUAUGAUGAUUUGGAGAAUGUUGGACUUCCUUCUUUUUCUUCAACUCCUAUACCUGAAGACUCUGGUAAAUUCCAAUAUAGCACUGUCAAUGAUAAAAAUGUUUCUACUAUUUUGUGUUCAAACCCUCUAUCCAGAAGCCCAUCUUAUAAUACUUCGCCUAAUAAACGAUUUUCUAACAUUUUAACCAUCAAAGAUGUACAAUAUGCAAAAUGGCCUAUGGGUUCAUCCAAAAUGUUAACAUUUUUAAACAUAUAUCAAGACUAUUUAGUUAUGAGGGAUCAUAUGAUUGAUGACGCUCUGGCAGACUUGGAAGCCAAAAUUCAAAACUACUGCAUGUCCAUAACAUCAUAUUGUCCUGUUGAAAACGAACUCUGUUUGGCCAAAUAUAAUGAUGGAUUAUGGUAUAGGGCUAUAUGUAUCAAAACUGCAACACUAAAGGAUAGUAACUAUACUAUUUAUUUCUUGGAUUGGGGAAUUGAAUAUUUCAUUAAUGCUGAGGAAAUUUGUAAAAUGUCCAAAGAUUUUGUUUAUCUUCCUGCAACAGCACAUAAAUGUUUCAUAAAAGGAAGUUCUGUUUUAAAAUGGAACAAUGACACCAUUGAAGCUGUUUCUCAGUUAAUGUUAACUCAGUUGAAUUGUGAAAUAGUUGAAAAAGUGACUACCGAUACAUACAUAAUUUCCUGCGACUCUAUAAAGAAUUUAAUCGACUUAAAACUAGGAAGGUCUCAUUGAAGUUGUCCUUUUCCCCACUUUGAAAUAGUUUAUCUAAUAAGUGUUCUAUUUGUAAAUAUAUCAAUAGAAAGAUAAUUUUUACUUUUAUUUGUUUUUUUUUUUUUUUAGUCUGAUUUAUGUG